UAUCUCACCCAUCAAUAGAGAAUUUAUGGCGAGAAUCAAUGGACCAACCUAUUCUUCUCAAACACAGUGUCUUUAUCAAAUUUACCGUUUAAAUGAGCACAUUUGUUGUACUGGGCGGGGUAGAGGUUCUGUCCUUGUAUACCAGGCAUGGCCUUGCAUAGUUUGUGAAUUUCUCGCCGAUAUGACUGUGAUAUGACACCCGACCACCCAGCGGCGGAAUAGGUGAAUACACAGCCUGCUUUAUUAUCGCCCUGACAUUCGUUAGUGAGAGUUGAGCUGCGGUUAGCCGCGCUUGAUAUCAACAAAAAGGGAGCGUACCAAUUCGACUAUAAUUGGAUAUAUCCAUAUCCCAUAACCAGUUUUCUUUGUGUCGGUAGUUUUCCAACUGUGUUCGAUUCUUUUUUGGAUAUACUGAAGAGUGUCUGAUGCUUUCAUUGAAAUGGAUAUUACCGCUAUUCAUAAGUAAGACAGUCGGUUCUAACUUACAAGACAUUGUCGUCUACCACAGUAAAAUAUAUGAUAUGUGUGUUAGGUUUUUUCUGGGAUCUCGCUUUUAACUAACUUGAUACUCUAAAAGGUGUCAAGAAGGUACUAGUGGGACACUUGGUCCGCACUCUUUGUGACAGGGUCGUGUUGUAUACAUUAAGUGUCUGAAUAUUCUGUAAAGACAGGACGAUACGAUCAUAAACAGUGGUGGAAACAUCGGCCAAACAGAUCUUAAGUAAGGAUUAACACAUCUUGAUCAUUUAAUUGGAUGACUACACUUGGCAUUGGCUACUAUUACGUUCACGCGAGAGCUUUUCUCGGAUCAGGAACACACCGACAUAAAGCGAUUGAUUAAUGAUUCAACAAUGAAGAUCCAUUCUUAACGGUGGAUUGUAAAGCAGCUAGAGCAGGAUAUGGUGGAUUAAGCAACACGAUGGACGAGCAAAAGAUGAACGACCCGGAUGAAGCAGAGAUCCCAGUCUGGAUCAACGGGUCAGAAAAGCUCAUGACCGGUCUGACCAAACGGACCACGUGCGAUGACGUCAUCUACUCAUUGUUGAUGAGCCAAGGGAUAUCAAAUGGUGACGUGGAAACGUAUAAUUACAUGAUCAUCGAAAGAUGGCGGAAGAUGGAACGCGAUCUUCAGGGCAGAGCGAAAAUCGUAAAGGUCUGGAAAGCCUGGGGCUCAGAGAGAAAGAAUGUGAACUUUGUUGUGCGAAAGUUGGAGAUUCCUGCAGCUGCGAUGAUUCGGUCGCGGCGGACGCGGAAACCGCAUCGACGACAACGGGAUGUAAAUUCUGAGUUCUAUGAUCCGGAGAAAGUUCGCGCCGAGAAAAUGCGGGUGCAGAAUAUUGAGGAUCUGGUGCAUUUGGUACGGGAGCAGCAGAGACGAAUGCAUGAACAAUCAGGACGGAUAAACGAGACUGACUUAGAAAUUGAUCAGUUUGAAACGAAAGUGCAUCUUCAGCGGAUAAGUAAAAGGGGACAGAAUUACGUUCAGGAUUCGUAUCUCAGUUUGCAUAGUCUCAGUGACGAUAGUAGUCAUGGCAGCGGGUUAGAAGAUGCCUUACCAAACAGUAUACACGAAUGUGAACUGGAAAUGUAUUUAAAGAUCUGUGAUAAUAUUCUCCAACUAGAGGAGAAAAUAACAUUGGAGAAAAAUAAACUUGAGGAUCUGCAGUUUCAGGUUGAGGAAAUCAGUAACUGUGGUUCCGAACCUGACCUUGACAUGGGUCAGUCAGGGGUUAAGGUCUAUUGUGCUAGGGAUGAAAAAGUUGUUCGUGAUAACUUGAAAAUCUCCAUGUCUCUCACGGAUUAUAACCACCAGGAGUUGCAUAAACUGUCUCAGGGGAUAUCAGAAUGCGACAAUGCUCUCCGGCGGAAGCACGAGUACAUGGAGCACCUGAUGAAGGAACUGGAGGCCGCGGAAAGAGCUGAGUCAUGUUUCCAAGGUCAAGGUCACGUUAUGCAAUAUGGUGCCAUCUACGCUGUUGGUAGCAGCGCGGGAAGUGACAGCAGCGAAAUCUCGAACCACCAUACCGACAAUUCCAUUGAACGUGUUCAUGUGCCAACCGUGGGGUCAUUUCGACCAGAGGACCGCUUUACAACGCGGAUAAACUCUUGUAACAGUAGUGCUGAUAGCAAUGAAAGUAGUCCCCCAACAGGCCGGACAGUGCGUUUCAGUGACAGUAGUUCUACCAGUGACGACAGAGGGUAUUUCUCUCCGGUGCUUGAAACGUGUUCGGAAUAUCCCGACACUCAUUUCCCGAGACCUCUGAAGUCGAUUCUCAAAAAUACUGCCUAUUCCUUUUCGUGUAAUGACCUGCAUUCUGUUGCCAAGCACGGCUACGAUGACAAUGAUUCAAAUUCUGACACUGGUCUCAGUUCACUUCAUAGCGACGAAGCCAUGCCAAUCUUAGAAACACUAGUAUGACCUGAGAUGCGUUUCUUGUAUAAAUCUUUGUUAUAUUGCAUACUGUGUAUGCAGCAGGGAUAUGUACUAAGAAGAAUGGUAUUUGGUGCGACACAAACACUUCUCAUCCAACUUCAGAUUGUCUUCGAAAGAAAGGAGACACUUAUUUCUUAAUCUCAUCUUGGAGGUCAAAAUGUUGGUUUUUUUUCACUCUGUGAUUAUACUGUCAACAAUUUGUGGCGAUACGGUCCUAUUGCUUUCCAAAGUAGGCCGACUCAUUUUCAGCGUGCGUUUCUUGGCAGGGUUUAGUGACCACUCUUCGUGACCAAGUUACGUCGGAACAUAACUUUACCAGUGAAGCGAAUUCACUUGGGGUUUAAUCAGCCCAAUCAAACAAGUCGAUUAGGACAUGCAGUUUACCGGUCUUGAUGCCAAUAGUCAAAGAGUGCCUGAUGGGUUUUGGCCAUUAUCAUUAGCCCAUUAAGCCAAACGAGCUUACAAAAUUAGAUUGUUUGGCCAAGCACUCCGCUUAUUAUCUUCCCUAACUUACACAUUCACCAAUCAAACUCUGGGUAACAUUCAGACGGUGAACAAGUUGAGUCAUUUGUCUUCGGUUGGUUUGUCAUCUUGGCGAAUAUAGAAAACUGCAUGUAUCCGUAUGGUAAUUGUGAAUCUUUUCUUG